CUGCAGAGACCCCUGGCGGGGCGGGGUCAGAGGGGCGGAGCCCUGGAAGAGAAUCAGACGUAACUCCUUCCCUGUUUCCCGCUCUCGUCCUCAGGCGUGGCUUGCGCCGCCUCCCGGAACCCGCGGGUCUCCUGCUGCGGUUCCGGGCGGAAUUAGCUGGCGGCGCACGCUGACAUGGCUCCGCUGAUGCUGAGAGGGGUUCGGAAGCUGCUGCAGCGUGUGGACUUCGCGACUGUCCCGCGAAGAUAUCGAUAUAAGAAGAAAUGGGCUGCCACAGAGCCCCAAUUCCCUGCCAUUCGACUGGCUCUGCAGAAUUUUGAUAUGACCUACAGCGUGCAGUUUGGGGAUCUUUGGCCAUCGAUCCGUGUCAGUCUCCUCUCAGAGCAGAAAUAUGGUGCUCUGGUCAAUAACUUUGCUGCUUUGGAUCAUGUGAUUGCUAAGCUGGAGCAACUGAGUGCCAGGGACUUUGUGAAUGAAGGCAUCUCCCACUGGGAACUGGAGCCUGAUAGUGGCCAAUCUGCAGCCCCAUCCCCAGCCUCCUGGGCCUGCAGUCCGAACCUUCGAUGCUUUACUUUUGCCAGAGGGGAUGUCAGCCGCUUCCCUCCUGCCAGACCUGGCAGCCUGGGUGUCAUGGAUUACUACCUGAUGGAUGCCGCCUCCUUGCUGCCUGUCCUGGCCCUUGGCCUGCAGCCCGGGGACACCGUGCUUGACCUGUGUGCAGCCCCUGGGGGAAAGACACUAGCAUUGCUUCAGACUGGCUGUUGCCGCAAUCUUGCUGCCAAUGAUAUCUCUACUUCCCGAACAGGCAGACUACAGAAAGUCCUUCACAGCUAUGUGCCUCAAGAUAUCAGGGAUGGGAAUCGAGUUCGAGUUACCUCAUGGGAUGGCAGGCAUUGGGGAGAACUAGAGGGGGACACAUAUGACCGGGUGCUGGUGGAUGUGCCCUGUACCACAGACCGCCACUCCCUUCAUGAGGAGGAGAACAAUAUCUUUCAACGGUCAAGGAAGAAGGAGCGACAGAUGUUGCCUAUGCUGCAGGUGCAACUUCUCACAGCUGGAGUCCUUGCCACCAAACCAGGAGGCUACAUCGUCUAUUCCACCUGCUCACUCUCACACUUACAGAACGAGUAUGUGGUGCAAGGCGCCAUCGAGCUACUGGCCAAUCAGUACAGCAUCGAGGUUCAGGUGGAAGACCUGACUCACUUCCAAAAGCUUUUCAUGGACACAUUCUGUUUCUUCCCAUCCUGCCAGGUUGGGGAGCUAGUAAUGCCAAACCUCAUGGCCAAUUUUGGGCCUAUGUACUUCUGCAAAAUGCGUAGACUGACAUAGCAUCACCCCAUCCCUGAAGUAGGAAGACAAAAGGUGUUCUCUUUUGGAGGCACUAGAAACUGGAAACUGAAACCAGUGGCAGAGAUGCCCUCUGAGUCCUGUCCUCAUCCUGUUUGAGUCUUUCUGCAGACAGUUUUCAGCAGUAGGAAGUAGGAGUUUUUCUGUCCUGCUCUCCAAUUGUGGAGCAUCAGCAGGUUUCUAAUUCACUUAUUACUCCCAUCUCUAAGCCUAUGCUAAAGCUUCCUGCCCCUUCGGAGCUUAGAAGAAGGAGCCAGUGAGCAGGCACACUUUAAAACUGUAAACAUGGAAAGAAGCAUUUAGCCAAUAAAAUUGUUGAAGCUCCAAAGAG